AUGUCCAGGAAACAUGGAGAGAAAAUUCUGCUGAGAAAAUUCCUGUUCCUCCUGGAUGAGGACAGCGUUUCACGUGGCCACACUGAGGACAUCAGUAGCUUGCUCACUGUCAGGAUCACCACAGACACGCAGGAGCUGCAGCUUUUGCACUUCUUGCUCUUCCUGGGCACCUACCCUGCUGCCCUCCUGGCCAAUGGACUCAUCAUCACAGCUGUAGCCUGUGACCACCGCCUCCACACCCCCAUGUACUUCUUCCUCCUCAACCUCUCCCUCCUUGACCUUGGAUCCAUUUCCACCACUGUCCCCAAAUCAAUGGCCAAUUCCCUCUGGAACAGCGGGGGCAUUUCCUACUUGGGAUUGAUGUCCUAUGACUGCUAUGUAGCCAUCUGCAGACCCCUGCACUACGGGACCCUCCUGGACAGCAGAGCUUGUUUGAAAGUGGCAGCAGCUGCCUGGGAUAAAAUGUUCCAGUUUGCACCACAUAGCAUCUGGAAUCUCUCGUUUGAAUCUGACUGA